ACGAAAAAAAUCCAGCUGCGCAUUAUCCCUCUCUGCUGUCGUCUGCUCCCGCCAACGCACCACCCCAGUCCCCAUCCAUGGCCGCCUCGUCUCUGCUCCGCCUCCUCUUCCCCUCUGCACGCAGCCCCCGUCAUCAUCCGCCCGGAGCCAGGGCGCCCGCGUCCUCUGCGGCGUCCCCACUCCGCGCGCGCGCGACGCGCCGGCGCCAGGCGGCCCGCGCCGCGCGCUGCUUGACCUCGACCUCGUCCUCGCCGGAGCCGGAGCCGGCACCGGCACCGACGUCUCUCGACCUCCCUCUCCUCCCGUUCCAGCCCGCAGAGGUGUUGAUUCCGUCGGAAUGCAAGACUUUACACUUGUAUGAAGCUAGGUAUCUGGCUUUGCUAGAAGAGGCCUUGUAUAGGAAAAACAAUUCUUUUGUGCAUUUUGUGCUCGACCCAGUUGUAUCAGGUUCACCUAAAGCUUCGUUUGCUGUACGAUAUGGUUGUUUGGUCCAGAUAGAGAGUGUUGAAAGACUUGAUAUUGGAGCAUUAAUAUCAAUUAGAGGAGUAUGCCGUGUAAACAUUAUGAACCUUUUGCAGAUGGAGCCCUACUUGCGUGGUGAUGUUUCUCCCACUAUGGACCAUCCUUGUGAGGGUAUUGAAUUGGGGUUAAGAAUUUCCAAGCUAAGAGAGUCCAUGUGUAAUUUACACAGCCUACAAACGAAACUGAAGGUGCCUGAGGAUGAACCAUUGCAAACUAACAUCAAGGCCUCCCUGUUGUGGUCUGAGAAAGAAAUUUUUGAAGAGUACAAUGAAGCUUUUAUCCCUGGGCUACCUGAACGUCUCUCCUUUGCUGCAUACCAAACAGUUUCAGGUAUGUCAGAAGCAGAACUUCUUUCACUGCAAAAAUAUAAGAUACAAGCAAUGGAUUCAACAGACACUCUUGAAAGAGUAAACAGUGGGAUCGAGUAUGUAGAACGUAAUAUUGGUAUGAUUGCUGCAAGACUGGCAAUUCAGAAUAUAUGAAUGAUAUCACUUUAUGUAAAAUUAUCAUCAGGGAAGUGAUAUUUCAUAUCUAUCGUAUCGUGCUCGUGCCUAUGAUACGAGGUCUAGUUGAAGCAAAAUAUGUUUAAUGAAACAAAAAUCAAUGUAUCAUCGGCAGGAAAAGUAUCAAGGCAUUUUUAGAAAAUAAAAGUAUAACUUAUGGCU